AUGGUUCUGAUAAGCGGUUACUGCAAUGAAUUCAGUUUCUUCGAAAGAGAAUGUGUGUCGCAUUUGAGAGCCGUCUUGUUCGAUGAUGUGGACUCGUGGACGACUGUGAAAACGUCGCCAGAGGUUGCUGGAUUGGAGGAAGACUCGGAUGAGAUGAAGUCUUUCUUCGGAGUGAAUCUUUUGUUUUACUGUAGACUUGCGGGCGAGGAUGGAGUCGAUGGUGAAGCUGCGAUUCAUUCUGGAAUAAGCAGGGAGAGGUGA